AUGACGACGGCGGCAUCAUUUCGACAGACACCGGUGACCUGGAACUGGAGUGCAAGGACGCUGAAAACAACGACGCCAUCGAGAUCGAGGCAAUCUCUGGGAUUUCCAGUCUGGGUGUUGCUCGCGCUGCUCAUCAUUCCCUCAUUUCUGUCUGCGGGCACCGCAACUGCACAAUGUGGAGCCGACUUUGUAUUCCCCACGGAGAACCUGCGAUCUUUCCUGUUGGUGUGGCACUUCAACCGACAAGGAAAAGACACUCUCGGCUCCCGCUGCACUAAGCCUUGCAAGACCCCCGGUGCCUUUCAAGAAUUCGCGGUUGAUCAUGCGACCCCAGGUAAUGGAACCACGCCCUUUCCAUUGAAUUUUUCUUCGACAUAUCCCUGCUGGCUCGAACUUCAAGCCGGUUCGGGCGAUUGCAGAGUCGAAAGUUCCAAGUUCUUCAUCUUGACCAAGGACCGCGAUCCCGACCAUCGUCUUCCGGCCACCAUCGGCCCCAGCGCGACCGUCAUCGCAAUUGACGUUUCCUCUACCGCAAUCCCAGGCCCUCCGCCACAUCCCGACGACCACUUUGUCCUCGGUGCUAGAAUCGCCCUGGGCGUUGGAAUCGCACUUGCUUGCUUCAGUGUGGGUGCCAUGGCCGCCUUCUUAUACUUUAGACGCCGGAAGAAACAGCAGCAGGCUGAGCUGGCCAACGCCAUCGUCGCGAACGAGUAUAGACAGGGAAGGAAGGGUCCCGAGAAAAAGAUGUUUGGGGGAUUUUCGUCGUCGAAAACAUCGUCGGAUGGUCAUCUAUACGAUACAGUUCAGCCAGUCUUUGACGGAUAUCCUGGAUCAACAGGCUAUGAUGACGUACGGUCAAACAAUUCCAGCGACAUAUACGGCCAUUCUCCUGUGAUGUCACAUUCGCCUUCAUGGUCAUACAAUCAAGGACCUUGGGGUCACGAUGCUGCGACAGGAGCUGCGUGGAAGAGAAGUACGGAGAGAGCAGGACUCGGAGGCGGGCUUGGAGUGUCGGAAAAUUUGAGCAUCACCGGACGAGAACUCGAAGCCGCCCGCGCAAAGACUGUCCAGCCAAUUCCUACGUCAUAUGGGCCGAACCCUGUCACUCCCACGCUAACACCGCGGGCAAGCUCCAGGGGAGAACUUAAUGAACGCGCUGCUGCCGACUCGAUUUCCCUUGACAGCCGGCUUGGAGUACCCCCUAUGCCUUCAAUGCCCCAGUUAUCUGCGGCCUCCGCAGCACCUCACGGUGGCUAUUACCCCGAUUACCACAAUUACGAACAGUACACCAUCCCUCCCCCAACCGAAGCUCCAACUCCAACGCCACAUCUUCCUCUUCCUUCAGUUCCCACUACGCUCCCACGACCAAACCCAACAACCUCACAAACCCAACGAGCACAACCCCCAUUAAUCAUCUCAUAUGGACCCAAUCGAGUAACGCCCACACCAGCUGUGACUUCACCUACAGUGCCUCCCGACGAGUCCAUGAUUGAGAGACCACCUAGAGGAGUUGAAUUACAAGGCGAACCCGCAUCUCUGAUCGAAAGGAGGCAUCCAUGGGAGGAUAUUGAUCUCCCGAGCGCCAGUAACAACGGUCCUUUACCACCAUACGCAUCGACAGAGGAGUACGCUGCAAUGGAAAACGGCGCGAUCCGUAAGCUGGAGGAGCCAAGGGCGCAUGCUGAGCUGCCACCAACCAAAGAUGGCUACUAUCAUGCUACGUGGGAUAUUGUUGAGCACGAAUUGCCAGGUGACGGAUAUCAACGAGACCCUCUCUACCCGCAAGCAUCCGCGUCCGGACGUGGAAGGGAUAUCGAUGAGCAAAAAUUCUUGCUGGAUGAUGUUGAAAUGGCGCAUUUGAAGGCGCAGAAAGAACGAAUCCGCGCUGAAAUGAAGAAGAAGCAGAAGCAGAAGGAGACUUACCAGCAGGACCAGGGGCAUGACCAGGACUUCCUUGGAGAGUCGGCGAGCUUCUCCACACGGUAACACGAGUGAUAAUGUGGCGGUCCAUGUGAAGAAAGUUACGCUGUGGGCAACUGAUGUUUUGGAGGCGAAGGUUUGAGGGUUAACAUUAUACCAUUGGCAAGGUGUCUGGCGUUCAUUUUGGAUAUCGACGGGGUAGAUGACUCCUGUGUAUUAUUAUCAUAUAAUACGGGCUGAUACAUCUGCGUUGACGAUAGUAGAUCAUAUGCCCCUCACAAGUAUAAAUAAAGUCCUACUGUAGUAAG